UGUUUAGGUGCAGUUGUGAAUAUCCUUCCAGUACUUUUUGCAAAAGUUAAGCCUUCCAUUUCAGAGGUACGUGGAUUUUAUCGAUCUGUUAUUGCUGGGUUGUUGACUUGUGUGGCAGUCAUAAUUUUUUGGGCUGCAAGAAAUGGUGUUACAUCAGCAAUUCCUCUUACAAAGAUUAUAAAAUCAAAUUAUCCUGGCUAUGGAUGGAUUGCUCUUCUAGUUCAAGUGUUUAUGAUUAGCAGUGUUGCUGUAUCAUUUCUUACUAUGGGAGCAGGAAUGAAACAUAUGGUUGACAGUUGGUUUGAUUCUUUUUAUUCCACAACUCAAACUAACUGGCAGGAGAUGAAGUCCAAAUGGGAAGGCAUCUAUUGUAAAGCUCACAUCAGAUGGUUUCUAAAGAUUGCCAUUCUUUUGUCGCUGUUUGGAUUUCUCUUUGCUGUAGCCGCAUUAAAUCCGGUGGGAACUGUGACAGUGCUGGGGAAUGUCACAUCACUAGUGUUAAAUGUUGAACUCGGAGUUUUUGUCAUUCUAAUGCUUAGACGAUCACACAGCCAGACAUUCAGGCAUCACCGAGUGCCCGUUCCCCUGUCCCGCUGUCUGUAUCACCUGCAGUAUUUGGUUGUCGUUUAUUUUCUGUGUGCUGUUGGUUUUAACAUCGCCGAGAUUGUUCAGUUAUUACCUUACAAUCGAACUUCAUCGACCGCUAUCGCCCCUGUGGCAAACCAAACUUUAACGUCACUUAACGCGUCUACUGUUGAUAACUCUAGCCUGACAAGUCUGCAUAACAGGCAAUGGCGCCUUCAUAACAUUCUAAUCAACAACGGGACUCUUUAAACGUGAAGGAGAGCAAUAAAUGGCGGUCAAGUCUGAAUGGAGGCCACCUUUCUUCACGCGCGACCUCCACGCGCGUAACAAGAAAUGAGCGCUACGGCCGCGUGCGAUGAGAGAUGGCUGCACUCAUGGGUUAAGGCGCAAAUUGUAAUUUACUUACAAUUUGGGAUAUAGUAAAACUUUUUAUUAUAUAAACACCGAUGAAAUACCAGGUGAGCUUUCGCGCGAAAACAUGAUAUCUUCACACGUGAAAAUAACAUGUUAUCACAUGUGAAAAGAUCUUGUUGCUACGGUAACAUAGUAAAUCGCGCCCUUCUCAGCGAAAGUUAAAUGGUUCGUUAUUUCGCCGUGUUUAGAUAAUAAAUAGGACAUUACAUGGCCGCUUGAAGAUACGAAAUUUCUCUGCGAGUGUUGAAACUCGAAGAGAAAUGUCGUAUCUCCGCGCGGUCUUGUAAUAUCGUCUAUGUAAUAAAACUAGGUGGUUCUCGCUUUAAAACUAUAAGGUUAAACACAGUUAUUUGAAAGUGGCACAAGUUCAGUUGAGGCCUUACACUACUGUAAAAUGAUAUUAAAAUCGUUUAAAAAAUCCAAGCUUUCGCCGAUCUACGGCAUCAUCAGGGAUAAGAAAAAGUAUUUCGCGUAAGGCUUAUAUACAGAUGUAAAGUAAAAACGUGUGAAAAGUGAAAGAAUGUUGGGGGUAAAAUGCAUGAGAUAAAUAAUAAGGUACAAAUAUGAAUAAAAACGAAUGAUAUGAUAUAAUUAGCGAGUGUCAAAGUACAAAGAGUCUCUAGAUAUGUUAAGAUAAUUAUUAGAAUAAAAGGUCCG